UGUUUCCGAGCAGGACACCGUGGCGCCUCUGCCGCAGAUUGAAUGGAUGCGGAUUCGCUUCUAGCUGGAGGCGGGAAGUGUGCUUUUUGGGGGGGUUACAUGGAAGAAGUUUUGUAAAUUGUGGAUCUAAUCAAAAGAGCUGGAAUAGGUGACAACGAUUGGACGAUUCCUUUACAAACGAGCGUCUCUUUUACAAUACUAUGUUGAAGAAGAUGGCUGAAUUUGGACCUGAUUCCGGAGGGAGAGUAAAGGUACCGCGGCAGGGAGUUACAAUCGUGAAACCGAUAGUGUACGGAAACGUUGCUCGAUAUUUUGGAAAGAAGAGAGAAGAGGAUGGGCACACUCACCAGUGGACGGUGUACGUGAAGCCCUACAGGAAUGAGGACAUGUCUGCAUAUGUAAAGAAGAUUCAGUUCAAAUUGCAUGAAAGUUAUGGCAACCCAUUAAGAGUUGUCACAAAGCCACCCUACGAAAUUACAGAAACUGGUUGGGGUGAAUUUGAAAUUAUCAUCAAGAUAUUCUUCAUCGAUCCCAACGAGAGACCCGUCACCCUCUAUCACUUGCUGAAGCUUUUCCAGUCAGACUCCAGCGCCAUGCCGAAAAAGACAGUGGUCUCUGAGUUCUACGAUGAAAUGAUUUUUCAGGACCCCACAGCAAUGAUGCAGCAGCUGCUGACAACAUCAAGGCAGUUAACGCUGGGAGCCUACAAACACGAAACUGAAUUUGCAGAGCUGGAAAUGAGGACGAGAGAAAAAUUGGAAUCGGCCAAAAAGAAGAGCAGCUUUGAGAUAACAGAGCUGAAGGAGAGGUUAAAAGCCAGCCGUGAGAACAUCAACUAUCUGAAGAGCGAAAUCAGAAAGCUGGAGGAAGAAGACCAGGUCAGGGAUGCCUGAAUGGAUUCUUUAUCCAGCAACACGAAGGCAGUCCUGAACACUGGCCCUUGUUAUAUAACAAGCCCUGCUUCCUUGUGCUGCCAUUGCUGCUUGUAGUUUCUAGUACUGCAUUAGAUGUAUUAAAUGAAUCCAAAGCUCAAGUCUGAAAAUAUGUGUUUGUGUGGGUAAAGACCGACACAAUCAGGACAGAGACAUAGGACUCCUUGAGUUGUCUCCAUCUGAGAUGGUAAUGUGCAGGAAUUGUGCAAUUCCUGGAAUGAUGAAUCAGCCAGAUGAACAGCAGUUGUUCUCCAGGGUUUGGGGAAUACUGAAUUAUAAUUAAUUUUAAUGCAACACUGUUACAGCAGUUUUUUUUCUUUUCAUUUUAAUGUACCUUGUUUGGUGUGUAUGUACUAUUAGGGGGAGGUUCUGUAGCAAUUUCCAGCACAGACGCUGAAGAGUUCCCAUGUCUACUUGUGGAAUACACAGUGGUUUACCUGUCUCCGGGCUGUCUGGGGAAGCCCACAGUGAAACCAGCCUCUGAACUGGCUUUUGCAACAGAAACAGCACAUAAAUAUCCAACAAACAAGUUUUUUGUAACAUAUGACUGGCUGCUGAGAGGCUGUUGUUUGAAUCAGCUUCUUGCAGACACCAUGUGUAAGUAAUAAGUAGUUAGAUGGAUCAAUUUUUUCUAAGUGUACUACAAAAGAACACCUUGCUGGUAUGUGUACCAUACGUGUCAAUAUUGCAGCUUUACAAAAAAAAAAAAUGCUGAUGGAUCUUGCUUCAAAACAUGUUUAAUGUUUGUUGAAUAAAAAAAAAAAAAAAGUUUUGAUUCCUUACACCAUACAUACAGGGGCUGGACAAAACUGGAAUCUGCCUUUCUUGUUCAAAUUAUUAUUAUUAUUAUUCUUUUUAGAUAGCGUUAUCCCUAGAUAUGGUAACAGGUAUGGGCAAAGCUGGUUUUAUAGGUGAACACAAUUUAAAAAUCAAAUGCUUCUCUUUGAUUAUCACCCAGGAAGCUCUGUGUUUUGUGUUGGGCUUACUGCCUUGAAUUAACUAUGACAUGCAGGUAAAUGUGUGAUAUUCGCCAGACCAGAGGCUACAUCUGACCACAAGAGGGUGCUACAAUAGGGAACGUUGCAUUUACAGCCUUAGUUUAACACUUGAGC